AUGUUUACAGCUAAAGGCCUACAGGAUCCCAAUAAAGUCAAGACUCUCAGACGACAGGUGCAGACCUGCCUCGAAGACUAUAUCAAUGACCGACAGUACGACUCUCGGGGUAGAUUCGGUGAUAUCCUGUUGCUGUUGCCGCCCCUACAGAGCAUAACCUGGCAAUUGAUAGAACAGAUUCAGUUCGCGAAGCUGUUAGGGACGGCCAAAAUCGAUAGCCUCAUCCAAGAGAUGCUUCUCGGAGGUAAUGUAAACGCAACGCCACAAAUGCAAUGGUCCAGAAACCACCAACUCUGGCAGGGAUCGUACCCCAGGCAAACAUUUCCGGACAACAGUUCAAAUUCAACGGCAAAUGUGAUGUCCAGUGCGUCGACGAGCGGUCAGUCCAAUGGCUCGCAACCAAUGGUCCACUCCAUGAGUAGUGUCAAUGAUGAUGUGAUCCAUUGCAAGCAAUUUGCAAAUUCUGGAGUCGAUGUCUACUCCAAGGCUGAGGUGGAGGUGGAGUUGAGGCAUACGUUCACACAAUUGUUUGAUUCCACUCACAAACUGUCCGUCCCUUUCAUUCCCUUCCCUUCCACUGCUCUUAUGAUAACACUUUCAUUCACUCAAUACGUGAUUAUAUUGUUUGACUCUCUUAUUGGUUGA